AUGUUCCCCUCCAUACCCUUGGCUGCAGCAGCGCUCGCAUUGCUCUCAUCGACAGUAGCAGCGGAUACAUGUAAUGGACAUGCGGAACUUUGUUCAAGACUAUAUUCAAACGUGACGUUCAUCGGUGCUCAUGAUAGUUAUGCGGUAGGAGAUGGACUGGCAGAUAAUCAGGAUAAGAAUGUGACGGCCCAGUUGAACGAUGGUAUAAGGACUUUACAACUUCAAGCUCAUAACGCCAGUGACGGUGUGCAUCUCUGUCACACCUCUUGUUCAUUACAAGACGGUGGUUUGUUAGAGGAUUAUUUCAAAAGUGUCGUAACUUGGGUAUCUUCCAAUCCCAAUGAUGUCGUAACCAUCGUCCUGACCAACCCCGAAAACCUCGCCGUAUCAACCUACUCAUCCAUUCUCACCUCAUCCGGAAUCGCAGAUUACAUGUAUCAACCUUCCUCUUCCCAGAUCGCUCUCAGCGACUGGCCAACAUUGGGAGAAUUGGUAGAUCAGAAAAAGACAGUAGUGGCCUUUUUGGAUUACCAAGCUGAUUUCACGAGUGAACCAAGGUUGAUCGAUGAGUUCAGUAACAUGUGGGAAGAUGCUUAUAACGUCGUGGACGCCUCGUUCGGAUGUUCAGUCAACCGUACUUCUGGUUCACCAAGUUCCCAGAUGUACUUGAUCAAUCAUUAUUUGGAUACCUCAUACUCCCUUGGAGGUACUGAAUUUUGGAUACCUAACCAAGAUCAAUUGAACGUUACAAAUAGUGAAUCAGGUGACGGAAGUAUAGGAUUCCACGUUGGAAACUGUGUAUCCUUGUGGGGUCGAAACCCCAAUCACAUCCUCUUAGAUUUCUACGAUGCCGCCUCCAACUCACCAUUCAACGUCGCUGCAUCGCUCAACGGCGUCUCUGCACCGACCAACACCGUCACAGCUGGUAGUGGAGCGACGGCAAGCGUGACGAGCGGAUCAACCGCCAAAGUAUCUCAGUCGAGCCUGAACUCUUCUGCUGGUGGAGAGAUCCAGCUGAUGAAAGGUUUGUGGAUCGGGGCGGGUGUGAUGUUCGCUGUGCUUGGUGGUGUAGGGAGAGUAUUGAUGUGA